GAUCUCUUUGUGUCUUUUUGGAGAAACCUGUCUCUUCAGACUUGGGUGUUUUGGUGGCAGUUUCCCCUACAACCUUAGUUCUCAGAAGGGGCCAUGACUUUGCAGUUUGUCCAUUUUUUUCUUGUUUUAAGGAUGGGAGUGGCAGAUCCUAAGCUUUUUACUUGCCAGAGCUGAAUCUGGAAGCUCCCCCCCCCCACCCUUUUUCUCAAUUAGUGAAACCACUUUGGUCCCCUCUUGAAGGGAAAAAAAUUUCAGAGACCCUUUGGCAGUACUAUAAUCCAGAGUGGAUUAUUUUUAACCUUACUUUGUUCUGACUUAUAACAUGGGGUAAAAGGGUUGCUGUAAUGUCUUAGGAGUGUUUUGUGGGUCUGUGGCUAGCAGGUACUCCACAGAUACUGUGGCCAUGUUGGUACAGCUAUAGUUAGCCAUAUGCCAGAAGUGAUGGGUCCCAGGUUGUAGUAUACUUCACAGGUGAGCUGACUCUUUCUUUUCUAGGGAUUGUAGUGCCAUUUUAUGAUCCUGCCAGAAGAAUGAAAUCAAAAUACCAUUUGGAAUUCCUCAAAGCUUAAGAAGUGUUCUCAAAAGUCAUUCAGUACAAUGUAUUAGUGACAAAAAAAAAUCAUUGCUAAAAUGAUAGAGUAUCAGAGUUGGAAGGGACCUUAAAAAUCACACUUGCUAAUCUUCCCUCAUUUUACAGACAACCUGAAACCUGAAACCCACAGAGAUUAAGGCAGUUGCCCAAGGUGAUACAACUAGUGAUUUGUGGAGUAGGGUUAGAACCUGUACCUUCUCACUGCUGGACAACAGGGCUAAUGGCAAAGACUUUCUUUGCAUUGUCUUUCAUUUAACAACUUUGUAAGCCAUCUUCCUCGCGGUGUUUUCCUCCUGGUGUUCUCCAGAAACUGUCACCUGCUUUGUUUCUAAAUACUCCAGUGAUCUGCCUCUCAGAAUGAAAGUUUGCCCUUUGCAAUGUCCGGUCUCUACUCUUCUGGCUGUGUUCUCAUUCUUUUUCUUUUUAGCCAUCACUAUGUAACACAGAGAUAUACCUCACUAUUGAAGAUUCCAACAACACACGUGUAUAUAAAAUGUGAAAGGCUCCCCUAUACUAAGCAUUCCAGAGAUAACCCCUCAAACUAAUUCAAUGUGACCCUGUCAAUGCUUUUUCUAUCCAGUUAACACAUAAGCACACAAUUUAAAAAAAUUCUACUUAAUGGUUCUGUGACUUUUUUCACAUAAUGUGUUUGAGAGACUUUGCUAUUUCAGUACACAUCAGUUUACUCCUUCCCGUGAGCUAUUCCCCCCUUACCAGACUCCUUCACUGUUGCCAGGUUUUCACUACUACUAACAGUGCUGCAGUGAAUAACACACAUACAUUAGUGUGUACAGGUACCAGUGUUUCUUUGAGAGCAGUUCCUAGAUUUUAUAUAUCUAACUCAUUAUUUCUGUCCAUGACAUCACAUUAUUUCCAUGAGUCCAAGACGAAUCUCCUAAUUGGUAUUUCUUCUUGAAGCUUUUGACCCUGCCAAAGAAUAAUUGCUAAUCUCUUGUCCCCAACUUCCUUUUGGAGAUUAAUAGGUAGAAACCAAUGCAGGCUCAGUAGAGAAGAACUGGAGAACUGCUGCAUAUGGAACAAUAAUUGCAAGUUAUUACACAGGAUUGUGCUACCCAGCGGGUUAUGCAUUUUAGGGCAGCGUCUCCCUACCCAUUACAUUCCCCAGUCCUUUUGUCAAUCCCAUAAAUGUGUAAAUUUGAAAAGGAAGGAGUGAAGAGCGAGUAAUAGAGCUGAGGGAUGUUUUCUUUAUAUGGACAACCCCCUCAGCAACUUUGUCAAAUCCAGCCCCUCUAUUUCCAGUUCUACAUUAAUUUUAGUGGCAUUCUAGUCCAGCGAGAGUCUGCAGAUACCAAGCCAUAAUCCACAUGCUAUUUUUCCUAAUUUUUGUUAUGUCUGGUAGUUAACACCCUGGUUCCAGUGGUAAAGAAGGUGGGUUGCAUUCAGAACUUCCAGAUUAGAGCAGAUGCUGGGAGUAGGAGGCAUAAAAGGGACACCCCGAAGCAAAUGUCUACAACCCAGUGGGGAUAGAGCUGUAUCUGUUGGGAAAUGAGUCCAAAGGUGGUCUUAGAAUCUAGAUUCAUGCUUGGCUCUUAAGUCUUUUUCCCUAUCCCUUGCUGCCAUGCCCCAUCUUCCUGUAUACUUCUCAGAAUCCUCAAACUUAGUUUUGUAGAUUUGCAAUUUUUGCAGUCCUAUUACCUGCAUCUCUCACCACCCCUCAUACUGUCUAGCUUUCAGCAGAGUUGAGAUAGAGAGGUUCCUCUUAGUUGUCCUUCCUACUUCUUAGACAACUUUAAGUUGUCUUUCUUUCUGCAAACAGAAACCAAAGCAGUCAGUCCUUAAAUGAAAUGUGUGCAAAACAACACAGGCACUGACGAGUGAUACUGGAUGUCUGAUGCAGUGCUUGGCAGUAUCCUGCAGCGUCCUGAUGUUUCAGCUGCUGAAUCAGGGGAACAUUCAGGAGCUUCUAGGGGAUGGUUGGCAGGGGGAAGAGGCCUCAGGAAAAAGGAGUUAUUUAUCUAUAGCUCUGGAAGCAUUUCAGUAUUUAACAACCAAUAUGGCUGUACAGAUGUGUAUCAAUGGAUAGUUUCCUUGAACAUGUGUCCCAGAGACCAAACUAACACAGUAUUUUAAAGCAUAGCAUGGUCCUGCGGUACUUCCCAGGGCUAAGAUGGGAGAGCUGCCCCACCAACAUUCGCUUUUCAGCUACUGGGUUUGAGUAAGUUUGAAAGCAAAAUAGAAGCAAAAUGGAGGCACAAGUUCAUAGAAAGGCCCUAAAAAUGUUGACUAAUUAUUGGGGUUUCAGCUGUAAUGUAGUCUCAAACAUAGAGAUGAAUGUAAUGUGUAAGUGUUCAUAACUCUCUGGGAGAUCUAGAGUGGAUGAACUAAUACAAGAAAGGGUAGAGGGUGCAGGUAUGGAAGUGAGAAAAGGCAUACAUUAGGCUCUUAGUACUUGCUGUUGAAUGAAGGUAAAUUUUAAAAAAACCGCAGGAUGAAUAUCUGCUGAUGUAUGCUAGGUAGAGUGUUGAAGUUCUUGUAGAUGUCCUUUCAGCCUUGCAAACAUACAACAUAUCCCUGUAAAAACUGAAAUACAUUUUUUAAAAAAAUUGGACUAUUUUCGGGUCCUGUGAUGCGUACCAACAGCCUUGCCUCAUUUCUUUGAGUGUUUCUUUCUUUAGGCCACUUUCUUUAGGCACAAUAAGUGCCCUCCUGCAGCUGCGCUACUACUAAAGCAGUAUUUCAGGGUCUGUGCACGAGGUUUCUCUCUAUCCUCUUUCCCCUUGUGUUUUUGUUAGUGUUUAACUCAUUCACUUAAUUGGUUACUGUUAAGCCCCCCAGGUAAAUUUCUAAUGGCAUAUUGGUUAGGGGUUGAAACAAACAUUAUUCUCAAAUUGGAAUUUCUUUUCUUGUUUUUUAAGGGGUUGCCUAGUUUUAAGCGUCAUGUGAGUUUUAGAAAAAAAAAAAAAAACCAACCAACUGUACAGUAGUUUCCAUAAAGGGAAAUGAACUAAAUGCAUUCAUUUAUUAUGCCUCCUCAUACAAGCAAUGUGCUUCUAAAGACCCAUUGUUAAGUUUUUAGACCUAAGUGUAACCUAUGGGGAGAGGUGUUUAAACAUUGACUUUUUUUCUGACUGGUUUUCUGGGUAUUUUCCCCAGACUCAAGCAGCGCAAAUUACCCUUUGGGGGCUUUUAAAAAAUUAUUCAAAUUGAGAUCUAAUUGUACUUUAACUUGAAUCAUUUUCCUAUCAGAGUAUUAAAUUGUUUUAUAUGUAACUUAGAGCACAUGAUGCCUUCAAAACUUACUCAAGUUAAGUUUUAUCUUUAUCUUUUUUUUUUUUUUUUUGGUAUGGAGGCAAAACUCUAGACUUACUUAAGUACCUCAAUAUGACAUGUUGCAUCCUUGUUCAAUUUCACUCUUCCUUCCUUGGCAGAGAAUUUACACACCAGAAGCUUAACUCUUAAUACACUGGUUUUGAAAAGCCUUUUUGGGGACGCCUGGGUGGCUCAGUCGGUUAAGCGGCCGACUUCGGCUCAGGUCAUGAUCUCGCGGUCUGUGAGUUUGAGCCCCGCAUCGGGCUCUGUGCUGACAGCUCAGAGCCUGGAGCCUGUUUCAGAUUCUGUGUCUCCCUCUCUCUCUGACCCUUGCCUGUUCACGCUCUGUCUCUCCCUGUCUCAAAAAUAAAUAAAUGUUAAAAAAUAAAUAAAUAAAAAUAAAAAAAAAAGAAAGAGUGCAAACAAUUUAAUCCCUCUCAUUGAUGAAACCUAAAAUAGCUUUAAUAUCAUUGUUAUUAUUAUAUGCUAAAAUAUUUUAUUUUUCCUAUUAUAAAAAUUAUGAUGGAUAUUUAAAAAAUCCUGGCCUAUGUUUGUGCCAAAUGCCCAUUAAGUGGUCUUUCUAUACUGAAAGUUUUAAAAACCAAUGACUAGAACACCGUAUGUUAACUACACUGUAAUUAAAAUAAUAAAAAAAAAACAGGGGCACCUGGGUGGCUCAGUCGGUUGAGCAUCCGACUUCAGCUCAGGUCAUGAUCUCCCAGUUGUGGGUUCAAGCUCCAUGUCGGCCUCUGUGCUGACAGCUCAGGGCCUGGAGCCUGCUUCAGAUUUGGUGUUUCCCUACCUUUCUGCCCCUCUGUGGCUUGUGCUCCAUCUCUCUCUCUCUCUUUCAUAAAUAGAUAAACAUUAAAAAAUAUUUUUUUAAUAAAUUAAAAACAAAACAACAUUGUAGGAGCCACUGACACUUUUGAAAUAAGAAGAUGAUCUGAUCAGCUCUGUGUCCCAGAAAGAUAACUCUGUUGUCACCAAAUGUUAACCCUAUUAUUGUGUUUUUACCAUAGGCUGCAUUAAAAACUGGUCAGCAUUUCUUUACCUUAUUUUCACAGUAAUAUUAAUUGAACCUACACCUGGCAGUCUGUAUAACAAACAUAUGCUAGAAAUUACAAAUUUGGCAGAAAAGGGAAUUGUAAUUAAAUAUCAUUUUAGUACAAGGACUGCAUCAUAGCUACCAAACCUAGUUUUCAAGGGAAAUAAAUUUACAUGGAAUAAUAAAGUCACUCCCCUAGAAGCUGUGAUGUAACAUUUAAAAAAUACAUGAACUUACAUCAGUUAUUAGCAUGGUACCAGUUCUACCAUCCAGUCAUUGUACAUUGAGGAACUAUACAUUUUUUAAAUACCAAAACAUAUAGUAUCUUGAAGUGUAAAAUAAUCUAGUAAGAUAAUGUAAAUCUUAUCAGAUAAUGUAAGUGAAUUCUGCAGGUGCCUUCAGAAACUAUAUGUAGGAUUCUAUUUAAUAAACAAUGACUUUGAGGGUCGCCUAGAUGGCUUAGUCGGUUAUGCGUCUGACUCGAUUUCAGCUCAGGUCUCUAUCUCAGAGUCUUGAGUUCAAGCCCUGCAUUGGGCUCUACGCUGGACACGAAGCCUAGUUAAACAAACAAACAAACAAACAAAUAAAUAAAUAAAGGAUGACUUUGAAGGAGGCUUAUGAGUUUGGGCAUACAAUUCUCUUUGAGUAAGAUAUACACACUUGUCUAAAAGUACAGCUCUAUAACAUAAUUACACUUAAGCCACAAAUAGCUUUUGAUUUUUAAGCUUUGUAGUUCAUUGCCACAACACCAUCAGUUGCUACUUCAUUUUAAUUCUUCUCAUUAAUGCUAGUUUAGUUCAUCAAGGGACUGAGAUGUCAUGAUAAUGACAGACGAGACUGAAAGCAUACAGAUUUCAUGAAGUUCCUCACAUUUUGUAAGGUUUUGUUGUAAUAACAUUUCAGGAUGCUUUGGGCCCUAAGAAUUGAUGAGAAUGAUCACAGCAUUUGAAGCCCUCCAUUUAGGUCUGAUUAUUGGAGCACACUGACUGGAUUAAUGUUUAACAGCGGCUGUCCUGCAGAUUCACUAAGGAAGUUGAGAGAUGGUGAUUUCAUUCUUCUUUACUCGACCAGCCUUGUUGCACAGUUAAUUAAGACCUGCUGAAGAAUAGCCUUAGGAAUAGGGCCUGGGAAGGGAAAGCCUUUUAAAUAAUGCAAAUAGAAGAGUGAAUUUAUUUUCACAGCUGAAAUAGCUGGUUUUCCCCAGUUUGGAUUAGUGAGAUCAGAUUUGAUUUUGCUGGCUGGGUAGAGAACUAAUAUAAAGAAACAACUCCUUUUCUGGACCAUAAUCUGAGUUUUAAGUUACUACGUGCUAUUAAAGAGCUGAGCUUGUAGAGUACAUUCACAUGCAGUUCCAUAUUUCAUAAUUUUCUGUAAUUAUCAUAUAUACAUAGAAAGACAUAUAACACAUGUGUACAGUUUAAAGAAUGAUUAUAAUAUGAACACUCAGUUAACCACCGAUCAGAUAAAGAAAAAUUACCAGCAUUCCAGGAGCCCCACCUUCACCAUGUACUCUAUCCAGAUGGUGACCUCUUCUCUCCUCUGGGUAGCUACUGUCUUUACUUUUGUCAUUUUCUUGCUUCUCUUUGUAAUGUAGCAACUUAUAUUUGUAUCAUAACACACUGUAGUUUAGGUUUGCCUGGUUUUGAACUUAUAUGAAUAGAAUUAUGUUAUGUGCUCUCGUGUCUGGCAUCUUUCAGUGUUACACGUCUGAGAUUUUCUCUGUGUUUUUGCCAUCCAGUGAAAUUUCUUUAAAAAGCCUUUUCUAUAUUUGAUCCUCUCCCUUUUUUACUUAGGAUCCCUCUAAAUGCUUUCAGUUAUUCCUCCUUUGCCUUCUUGGAUUUUCUGCUAAAUAAGGUCUAAAGACUCAAAGUUGUCUGGACCCCAGUUUUGUGAACAUAUCCGACUGACCCAGUUUGAUGGCAUUCGUUUAGAUGAGACUACAUCUUUAAGGCUUCUGUGCUCGGUUAAAAAUCUUCCUUUCUCCAAGCUGGUCCAAGGGUCUGGUCACGUGACGCCACCAGUGACAUCACAUUCUGACCGCGGGGAACACUGGUGGUUCUUUAGGUGGCGUUUGUUCCUGUGAAAGGCAGAGAACGCAGCAAGUGCCCUUCUAAAGCAGUGCAUACCGGGGCUCCUUCUGUAAAAGCUCCUCAACCUAAAUGACCAAAUGCUGGCUGCCAAAGUUAUUUCUUCCUUGAGGCAGAAAAAAAGAAAGCUGUGAUUGAAGAGGAAAAGUCAUACAAUGGUGGAGGAAUAGGUUCUUCAAAUAGGAUGAUGGACUUCUUGGAGGAGCCAAUCCCUGGUGUGGGGACCUAUGAUGAUUUCAAUACAAUUGACUGGGUGAGGGAGAAGUCUCGAGACAGGGAUAGGCACCGAGAGAUUACCAAUAAAAGCAAAGAGUCAACAUGGGCCUUAAUUCACAGUGUGAGUGAUGCUUUUUCUGGCUGGUUGUUGAUGCUACUUAUUGGGCUCUUAUCAGGCUCUUUGGCUGGCUUGAUAGACAUUUCUGCUCAUUGGAUGACAGACUUAAAAGAAGGCAUAUGCACAGAGGGAUUCUGGUUUAACCAUGAACACUGUUGCUGGAACUCUGAGCACGUCACCUUCGAAGACAGAGACAAAUGCCCUGAGUGGAAUAGCUGGUCCCAGCUUCUCAUCAGCACAGAUGAGGGAGCCUUUGCUUACAUAGUCAAUUAUUUCAUGUACGUCCUCUGGGCUCUCCUAUUUGCCUUCCUUGCCGUGUCUCUUGUCAAGGUAUUUGCGCCUUAUGCCUGUGGCUCUGGAAUUCCUGAGAUAAAAACUAUCUUGAGCGGUUUUAUUAUUAGGGGCUAUUUGGGUAAGUGGACCCUGAUUAUCAAAACCAUCACGUUGGUGCUGGCCGUGUCAUCAGGCUUGAGCCUGGGCAAAGAGGGCCCCCUAGUGCAUGUGGCUUGCUGCUGUGGGAACAUCCUGUGCCACUGCUUCAACAAAUACAGGAAGAAUGAGGCCAAGCGCAGAGAGGUCUUGUCGGCUGCAGCAGCAGCUGGUGUAUCCGUAGCCUUUGGGGCACCGAUCGGUGGAGUGUUAUUCAGCCUAGAAGAGGUCAGCUACUAUUUCCCUCUCAAAACGUUGUGGCGUUCAUUCUUUGCUGCCUUGGUGGCAGCAUUUACUCUACGUUCCAUCAAUCCAUUUGGAAACAGCCGACUGGUUCUGUUUUAUGUGGAGUUUCACACCCCAUGGCAUCUCUUUGAGCUUGUGCCGUUCAUUCUGCUGGGUAUAUUUGGUGGUCUGUGGGGUGCUUUGUUUAUCCGCACCAACAUCGCCUGGUGUCGGAAGCGUAAGACCACUCAGUUGGGCAAGUAUCCUGUCAUAGAGGUACUUGUUGUGACAGCCAUCACUGCUAUCCUGGCUUUCCCCAAUGAAUACACCCGCAUGAGCACAAGUGAGCUCAUUUCUGAGCUGUUUAAUGACUGUGGCCUUCUGGAUUCCUCCAAGCUUUGUGACUAUGAGAACCGUUUCAACACAAGCAAGGGGGGUGAACUGCCCGACAGACCGGCUGGUGUGGGAGUCUACAGUGCCAUGUGGCAGCUGGCCUUGACACUCAUACUGAAAAUUGUCAUCACUAUAUUCACCUUUGGCAUGAAGAUCCCAUCUGGCCUGUUUAUCCCCAGCAUGGCUGUUGGUGCUAUAGCAGGCCGACUUUUAGGAGUAGGAAUGGAGCAGCUGGCUUAUUACCACCAUGACUGGGCCAUCUUUAAUAGCUGGUGUAGUCAAGGAGCAGAUUGUAUCACCCCUGGACUUUAUGCGAUGGUUGGGGCUGCAGCCUGCUUAGGUGGGGUGACUCGGAUGACUGUUUCUCUCGUUGUCAUAAUGUUUGAACUAACUGGUGGCUUGGAGUACAUUGUGCCUCUGAUGGCUGCAGCCAUGACAAGCAAGUGGGUGGCAGAUGCUCUGGGGCGGGAGGGCAUCUAUGAUGCCCACAUUCGUCUCAAUGGUUACCCCUUUCUUGAAGCCAAAGAAGAGUUUGCUCAUAAGACUCUGGCAAUGGAUGUGAUGAAACCCCGUAGAAAUGAUCCUUUAUUGACUGUCCUUACUCAGGACAGCAUAACCGUGGAAGAUGUAGAGACUAUCAUCAGUGAAACCACUUAUAGUGGCUUCCCAGUGGUGGUGUCCCGGGAAUCCCAAAGACUUGUGGGUUUCGUUCUCCGAAGAGAUCUCAUCAUUUCAAUCGAAAAUGCUCGCAAAAAACAGGAUGGAGUUGUGAGCACUUCCAUCAUUUAUUUCACUGAGCAUUCUCCUCCGAUGCCACCAUACACACCACCCACCCUAAAGCUUCGGAACAUCCUGGAUCUCAGCCCCUUCACUGUGACUGACCUUACACCCAUGGAGAUUGUAGUGGAUAUCUUCCGCAAGCUGGGACUGCGGCAGUGCCUGGUUACGCACAAUGGGCGAUUGCUUGGAAUCAUUACCAAAAAGGAUGUGCUAAAGCAUAUAGCACAGAUGGCGAACCAAGAUCCUGACUCCAUUCUCUUCAACUAGAAUCACAGGGUUGUGCUGGAUAUAAAACAGGAAGGACAUUGCAGACCAUGGAUGUAUUUUAUUAACUGGGUACCCAAAACACAUUUCCCAUAUUUGGAUGGUGAAGUUAUAUUAGUGUGUUGUCUCUUUCCUAUAAGUUAACCAGUUGCACUACAUAAUCUCUGGAAUUUAAUCUUCUCUUUAGGAGAAAAUACAGUUAGGCUUCUGUGAUAUCGCAUUAGGAAGAGUUCAUGAGAGAAUAAACAAGAUUGCUAGGGUUUAAUUCUUUAAAAAUUUUUUUUAAUUUAAAACAUAAUUGUUAGCCAAUAUGCAAUCACUGAAAACUAUGCAAGAAAAAUUCCAACCGUCCUGACCUAUAGCCUGCAGAAAGCUCAUGACCAAGUCACUUUUUUGGACUCUGUCAUUGGUGGAAGAUGAAGUGUAAACUAAGGGGCUUUGCUUUUCCGAACACAGAAAAGAAAGCCAGAAGGAAAAUAGUAAUGCUGUUUUCCAGACUGUGAAAAUUCAGUUCAAAUGUUUUCUUGUUCCUGUUACAAUAUUUAGCAUUAUUAGUUUGUGUGUGUGUAUGUGUAUGUUAAUAUCUGAUUAUAAGACAAUGCUGCUUUGGUUAACCUCCUCUAAACAAAUUUAGAGAGGUUGACUUUUAUAGCUUGCUUGUUCCUGGUACUCUUUUGAAGUGCACAAAGAUAAGUUAUGGAACUUUCCCCUUGUCUGCCAAAAGGGUGAUUUUCCAGAUGGUAUUUGUUAGUCCAGUAGACAAGGACUUUGCCAUGAAUUCGUUAGUAACAAGGAAUGAUUUCUCCAGCUUCCUUGAAAUGAAUGAUUAGUAAAGUUCUAAGCCAAGUCAAUGACUAGGAAUUUCAUGUUUUUUUGUGAGGUCCCAACUAAUUCUCUUACCCAGAUGCCACCUCCAUGAGUGAUGGUGCUUUAGGCUUCUGGAAUAUGUAAGAAUAGUAAAGGGAACCAAAUCUGGACUGCAUACUGAUAAACCAGGGAAGAUCCUGAGCUGUAUCUGCAUUCUCAUGCAUUCCUUCGUGAAGACCACCAGUACUAAAAUAACUGGGCACUCAUGCCUCCUUCCAGUGUUAAGUACAUAUAACAGGCCAGUUGUUGUCCCUGUGAGCAUGAAUUAAGGCUUGGGGUACUUAAAAAUCCAUUUGAGGCAUUGGAAUAGGAUAGGCAGCUGUGACUCCCUUGGGGUUCCUUAAAAUUCUAAAUAAAAUACAGAACCAUCCUAAGACCCAGGGGUGUGGACAAGGCCUGGUGACACCAAAGGUGCUUGUAUCCAAUUGAAAAGGUGCCUGUCUCAAUUUUCUACCACCUUUACUGCAGUAGAAAAACAUCACACUGUAGGGACGCCCGGUGGAAUCACAGAGCUACCACCAUCAUUCCGAUACCGGUUUCAUUUCCUGUUGUUGUCCCUAUGUGCAGCUGGUACCCCUUGUUUUCCUCCAUUCUUUUCCCCUCCCUCUCCUCAGUCCUGAGUCCUGUCUUUGGGAUUGAGCGCCAUGCCUGGUUAAUCAUUCCGAUUUCAAAAAAUAACUUCCAGGGCUAGUUAAAUUGUAAACCAGGGCUCAGCAAUCUUAGGGCACGUGGACCAGAGGAAACACACAGCCAUUGGCUUUGCUCUGUAGCCCAGUUGCUGCCACUGUGCCUCCCUCCCUUCCUGUGCAGAUGCCCACAGCAGCAAGACUUAACUGCCAGGGCUGCAAGUUCAGCCUUUCCUGUUUGACAAGUCUGUUACCCCCCACCCCCACCCCUUGCACCACCAUUCCAGCCUAGAACCAUCAGUCACUAGGGAUAUCCUCCCCCGCCCCCUUCCCCUUCCCCCAACACCUCAGGGUUCCUCAUUUUAAAAGUUGCUGAGCCCUGAAUCUAGAAUUUCUUUUUCUUCCUUUUCUUUCUUUCUUUCUUUCUUUCUUUCUUUCUUUCUUUCUUUCUUUCUUUCUUUCCUUCCUUCCUUCCUUCCUUCCUUCCUUCCUUCCUUCCUUCCUUCUUCUUUUCUUUUCUUUUCUUUUCUUUUCUUUUCUUUUCUUUUCUUUUCUUUUCUUUUCUUUUUCUUUUCUUUUCUUUUCUUUUCUUUUCUUUUCUUUUCUUUUCUUUUCUUUUCUUUCUUCCCCUAGUUCUUAUCUUUCCAACAUCUGAAAUUCUUUUAUUGCCCAGAACUGGACAGCCAAGGCUUUUAUUGAUUUUUAUCUUUCAAAUAUCAAGGCAGUCACCAGAGUUUCUUUUUUUAAAGUAUAUCAGUCUAACAUUUUAAUGAAAGAGAAAAAACUCCCUAGGUUAUAUUCUAUUAUAGUCAUGACUCAGUCACUUUACAUCUUUUGUCCCUUCCAUGCCACUGAUUUCCUCGAAUGAGAUGAGGCUAUGUGCCAGACCACCCCUGUGUAUUGCGUAGAAGUCAUUCUUAUCUGUGUAUUUCUGGUUCACUGCCUAUCUGUUCUUACUAGCCGUCCAGCUAAAGUUUGCAAAACAGGAAGUGUUAGUAUUUCUGGUAUUUGAUGACAAUGAAAAGCUUGGUCUCAUUUCAUAGGGCAGCAGCAAUAUGGAGGGUGUCUAAGUUUGCCUUUGUGUUUCUUCUAGGCUCUGUUUUUGAUUUUAGACAGAUGAGCCAGUGUUAAGGUGCUACUUCAGAGAAUAUUUCGAGAAAUCAGAUAACACUGUGCCAAGGUAUACUUUCUAGAUGCUAAGCACCGAUUGGCCCUCCAGAGAAUAAUAGCCUUUUGAUACCUCACUCCUGAUAAAUCUCAUCCAUUAACCUCAGCUUCUCAGGAAUCCUUGUAACACAUAUGCUAGAAGUAGCUAUAGUGUAUGGUAUUCAUUAUAUGUCCAAUCCUAUGGUUUGGCUCAAAGGUUGGCUAAUUGUGGCUACAGUUCUCCGCUAGACUGCUAGCUCAGCACCUUAACACUCUAGAGUUUCUUGUCUUAAGGCAAAGGAAAAUGUUCUUUCUGCUAUUGCCAAUUCAGCAGUUGGACAUACUUAACCAACAAACAAAGCUGAUACAGGGAGGUCUGUCAGUCGCCUCAAAUGGCCACAUACCUCAAUGGCAAAAGGCUAGAUAAUCUGUGAUUGGCAAAUUAGUUUGAGUUGAAACUAGUCUGUUUUGGCAUUAAGAAAAGAAAAUUGCCCGACACAAGGGAAGGAGCUAUAAAAGAAUGCCAAUAAGUGCUUCAAGAGAGUUAGGAUUUUCCGAGGGAAAAUAUGCCGUAGACAUCCAGCCAUUAAAAGAGUGGGAGUCUACAGGUUCAUUAAUAGUCUAACUGGUAUAUUUUGUAUAGUCAGGUUUUCAAUGUAAAUAAUUAAAGAAGCCAAAACAGGUAAUGCAUGGUUAUACCGUUGGAGGGAAAGAAGCAAGGGACUGAAAAUGCAAACUAAUGGCCACUUUCAAGGUCGUUUCUAUUUGGAUGUUUGUUCAGACACUCUCCUCUUUUCUGGCCCCAGCUUCCUUCUGGUUCAGGCCAACUGUCAAGUGGAGGUGGUAUAGUCCAAAGAACUGAUAGCCUCUGGUGGAUAAUCUGACACUGAUGACACUUUGGAUUUUGCCAGUAGGCAGAACAAAUGAUCAAUUCGCUGAAUGAACAGCAAAGCAGUUCAGUUGUUUUGGCACCAGAGGCUGAAACUGAACCCCUUUUCAGGAAAAGCCGAGCAUAGUGUAAAUUUCUCUAGCAAGUCUCCAAUUUCAUUUGAACAUGAGAAAGAGAAAGUAAUGGGGAUUUAGUGUGGUCUAAGGCUGUGAAGUAACUCUGAACCAUGAUGUUAUGAACUUGUUCAGGUGUGGGGGGAGCAAAUCUAUUUUUAAAAACUCAUCAUGCAGUAGAGUAUGUCAUGCACAGAAAUCAUGGCAUAUUACAUUAUAGGUUUUAAGUAUUUGAAUCACCUGUCUCCAUUGGGUCUCAAUCUUGGUUUGUGUUGUGAUGUGAUGAACAGGAAGGUGAACUUACUACCCCAUGGUAUCUUUGUUUUUGUUUUUUUAAUCACAAGGGGUGCAGCUUUUGAAGUUGAGUUUUUAAUGAAGAUAGUGAAGACAAUAUUGAGAAUUUGAAAUGGCCAGUGUGUUUUACAUUGCCAAAGUACUUACUGAUGACUAGCCAUGUUGCCACCCAUCAGUUCAGAGAAAGCAGGAGAACAUUUUUCAUGGUGGUACACAGAAUAUUGAGCUUGAGAAAACCCUGAGAAAAAUUAGAAAUUUAGAAAGUAGAUGGGAAGUAGGAUAUUUAGUCCUGAAAAAAAUUGAUGUCUAAAUAUGUGGUCUGAACUUAAGUGUCCUAAAACCUUGAUUUUUUUUUUAAACCACCUCUGGGUUUGCCUGAAUUCCCUUUGGGGAGAGAAUUGAAGGAUGUGGCAGUGGAAAAGCCCCAGUAAGAAAAUAUAUGCGUUCUUACAAGAUGGUUGGAGGAAGGCCAGCCAUCCUGUGCCCCAAGCCAUACAUCCUAGCAUUUAUAAACUGCUCGAUCAUGUGCCUCAGGUAGAGAAAAAGUCAAGUGGUCUUUCAAAGACUGUGUUUUCCAUGUCAGGGACAGGCUCAAAGCAACAUUUAGCUGGAGGCAGUCGGCUUUUAUGGAGAAGGCUGACCCAUGGCAUCUGCUCACAAAGGAGGGCAACGUCUACUGCCAUUGCCUAAAUGAUAAGCUUUAGGUAGAUUUUCUUGAAUUUUGAUAGCAAAAUAUUUUUUUAAAUCUCUAUUUUAGCCUCCCUAGAACGUACUUAUUGAAAUGUAUUAUGAAAAAGAAAAACGUGAGGGUUUCUCAGAUCAGAGCUCAGGGAGUUGUGUCAGUUUGCAGUGAAAUUAAUGUAAUGGACCUGUGGCGGCCAUUCAGUUUUGCUCUGCCUCAAUUUCAGUUGUGUGCUCCAAGGAGAGAAGUUCUUGGAACAGCAAGUGUUUAGCAACUUCACGUUACUCCACAAAUGUUUGCUGGCUGCAGUCUCACUUCUAAACAUCUGGAUCUGGGCAAAGUUUUAAAGUGAUGUAAGAAACAAAAUUGUUUUUUUCCACUGUGCAGUCCGAUUUUGCCGAAUUUCCCAGGAAAGAAAGUAUAUGAUGUACAGAGUUCACAUUUCUUGGAUGAGACCUAUCAAGUCACCCUGCCUAAUCCCACAGUCAUAAAUUCCUACCUCUCAGUUCCAACCAAAGGGUCUUCAGCCUUUGCGUGCACUCACUGCAUGCCCAAAGUUUGGCCUUUUAAAAGGAGAAACAGCAUAUGAUGGUUUUUAAAAAAUGAUCUUUGCCUCUCCUUCUCUCUCUUCUCCCCCCCCUUUUUUUCCUGUCAUCCACAAAUUCACAUUUUUCUCAGUUUGCAAGUGUGCUGUUUUGAAUGUGAACCUUGGGGAAAGGACAGCAUCUCUCUGAGAAUAGAGAAUGGAAGAUGCUUCUGAGUUGGUGGGCCAAACAGGGCUUUGUGCCACUGUAGAGGCCAAAGCCAGUAGUAUUUGUUGAGAGUGUUGAGGGCUUUAGCAUCUCAAGGCAGACAUAUGAAGUAGUCAGAGCUAAACAUUAUCGUCUACUCAUCCAAACCUAUUGAAAGUCAGCGGCAGCCUAGGAUUUAGUGAGUGAAAUGCCAUCUGGCAAAAUGGGGAUGAGGGAGUAGCCUGAGAUGGUUUUAUCAGGGUGGGAAUGUUCAGUCUCAUUAUCAUAUUGAGUGUACCUCAAAAUACAUGGUCCUUUCAAGAGUGCUCAUUUUCCAUUCUCCAUUUCACUUCAUCCUUUUUCCUCCCUCCUUUCUCUCUCAUUGCCCUGCCUUUUAAGUACUCAGCUUUUCAAUAAGUAUUUACAUUUUUAUUAUAUAUUUGGUCCUUUAGGACUAUGUAAUGAUUAAGAAUUAAUUGCAUUCUAGAUUUAAAACAAUGAUGUUUGAUAUUUUGUUCUUUUAAACUGUCUUUUGAAGCUAUGCUGCUAACCAGGUACAGGCCAGAAAGGAGUUGGACCUGACCGACAGCACCCUGGUCAUGUCACCUAAGGGUGACAUUGAUGUCAUCAUGGUGACUCUUCUCUAUUUUACCAAGGCCAGCCUCCUGCUCUUACCUCUGUUCAUUCAUUCCUGGCUCUGGGAAAAAUAUUACCCAUUGGGUGAGCUGAUGAGGCCAGGAAGGUAAGAAAAGCUGGGUUCCUGCCCAUGGGCCACAUAUGAAUUCUCUGUAAUACGCUCAUUUGUAGGGCCGGCUCCAACUGCAGUAGCCAAAGAAAACCUGUCUGACUCCACAUUUCAGUUCCUAAGUGUUGGUAAAAGUUCAACUGAAGCUAAUGUGUAGAUAUCGGCAGUAGCUAGGCAAAUACAGAAACUAGCAUCAACCAAAGCUAAUAUAGCCCAAGUUUUCCUAGGAAGCUUGGUGCUGAGCUGUUCAGAGCAGUUAUUUAUUGGAGUGUUGCCAACCCUUAAGUCAUGCUUUCUUAGCUUUAUUCUAGCUUAUGGAGAUGUUGGUCCCCAUUCAUAGGCACAGCCGGUACCAAAGCUAUAGCUUACUGCUCACUUCAUUUUGCUCCCUAGUCAUGCAUAGCAACAUAGUCUAAAAAGGAAGACAUAGGCUGGGGAGUUAGGAGACCUGGUUUCUAUUCCUUAUGCUUCUACUAACUAGCCUCGAGAUCUUAACCGCUCUGUGCCUCAGUGUUCCCAUCUGCAAAAUGGGGAUAGUGUUAAUUGCCCUACCUACCUCACAGGGUUGUUGUGAGGAUAAACUGAGACAAUGAAUGGAAAGUACGUUGACAAGUAAGUGCUAUGCAAAUCAUAAGAAAUGGAAACAAUCAUGUUAAAGGCAAUGGAAUGGACAUUGGCAGAAGGGUUAAUGGGAUUGUCCAGCCCUUUCUCUGUGGUAUAAACCCGGGUCGCCAUUGCUUUAUACAUUUUCACUUAGCACAGAUUUGUAAUUAUGCAUGUAAUAAAGCACAGCCUUCUCCAACCUGG